GUUCAAUUUUUAUUUACAUAUCAUUGAAGUAAUAUGCAGAUCUGUCCAAUCAUUGCUGAAAGUCAUGAAAUUUGUAACUAAGAAAUAUUUUUGGAGAGCAUUAGCAAUAAUUAUUAUAGUUUUAAUAGACGUUAAGUUUUUACAUUUAUUGGUUCCCAAACUAAAUUUUCUAUUAAAUGGAUUCUAUUGUAAUUUGUUAAAUUACAAUGUGUUAAUAAGAAUUUGUGAAAUCUUCAAACUUAGUCUACCCUUACUAUUCUUACAUUUUUACUUAAAAUAUUUUGUGCAUAGAUGUAAAUGGGCAAGUUUUAAAUGGUUAAAAAAUAUAAUUAUUGGAUCAUACAUUGAUGUUUUCAUAAUAGUUUUAAUAUUGAGUUAUACUGACGUAAUUAUAGUACUAAACACUACAUUUGAAAAAAUAGCAUUUGUUAUUUUAAUGAUUUCAAAUUAUUGUAUUCAUUACAUUGCUUAUGCAACAAAUUGGUUUGAUAAGUACACAUACUCAUCGUGUUAUACCUACACAUCUACCAUUAAUCACCCCUUAUUUAAAGAUAGAAAAUAUUUAAUAGUAACUAACUUGACAAAACGCUGGCAUCUCAAAGAAACAAAUAAAAUUGCCCAGAAGCAAAAAAAAAUCGACCAAUCAGCACCACAAGAUCCAAGAUUAAAUAAAUAUCGUUUAGUGAAUAAAGGCCUAAAUGAUAACGAUCAUAAAUUUACACCCAUGAAGACAUUUCAAUCCAUAAAUUGUGAAGGUGAAUAUCUUCAAUCAACCAGGAUUGUUCGCUCAGAUACAUAUUAUGAUCAACCAAAGGUUUUUGAUUGGGAAAAGCCUGAACUAAAUGAAUACUCUAACAAAUUAAGUGAAUACAAGCUUAUUCCGUUAUAAACAGACAACAGUGCAAAUGCUCAAUACUGUUUUACCCAUUUUCUAUUUGUCAACAUGAAGCCUAGAAAAAUCUUACUUUUUGUUGGUAGUUCAAUUGUAUUGUGUGGU